GACAUGACAUUCUCUUUUGGAGGGAAAAUUUUGCUCCGUGCCUUUUUCUUCACAAAAAUCACAAUUUCUGGUGAAAAUUAUUUAAUUAUAUUGCAUUGAGUGUACAAAGUGUCUCACUAAAACAUUUUUAAAUAAUAAAGAAAAAGAAAAGAUUUUUUUGAAUUAUGAGCAGUUUGGAGCCUCAAAUUGGGUCCCAGAAUGAGGAUCCGGAGUUGUAUGAUUUGGAACAACAGCUCCUGUUGAUCUGCAAUGAGGACGAUCCCACGCCGAGCACUUCCCGGACGUUUGAUUUCCUGGCUGAGGAGCAGCCGGAGGAGCAUUCCCCGGACAGGGGUAAGUUGAAUAAGAUUUUAUCAGACAACCGAGCUGAGGGCGUGGGGCAUGAUUCGGACUCCUCUGACGAUGAGGAGAUUAGGAAUUUCCUAGAGAGGAAGUACAAUGAGUAUGGAAGGGAUAUUCACAUGAGCAUGAAGAGGCGGGAGGAAGAAAAGAAAAACAGGGUUGUGGAGCUCGAGGUGGAGAGGAAUAUGCAAGGAUGUGACAAACUGAAGCUCACUCCGCAGCUUCCUGCCCUUGGGAGGGUGUCUAGAGUGCCAGAAACUCCCGGAGAGGCUCCAAAGUUGAACCUUCCGGGAGUACCAAAGCUCCAGAGGAUUAAGGAAGAAAUAGCAGCAAAAAAGGACGUUUCUGUGUAUACAGAUCCGGUUUUUGGGAUGAGGCUGGUAAAGCCUUUGGUGUCUGGUAAAUUUCUCGAGGAGAGAAUGAAGGAUAAAGUGUCUGUUUCCAUGUCCCGGAUAAGGAAUGUUGUGGACAAUCUGGACAAGUCUCUAGAUUGGGUAUUUGCUGGGGUUAUUGUCAGCAAGAGCCCGGUGAAAACAUCCCAGAAUGGGGCUCAGUACUCCGUUUGGACACUGACAGAUCUCAAGAAUGAUAUUAAGACGUGUACCUUGCUCCUGUUCAAAAGUGCUCAUAAGGAUCUCUGGAAGACUCCACAGGGAACUGUGGUGGCUGUACUCAAUCCCAAUGUCAUGGAGAGGAGAAAUGACAAGACAGAAGCCAAUCUGUCCAUCAAUACUGCAGAGAAAGUCAUGAUUUUGGGACAAUCAAAAGAUCUGGGAACCUGCAGAAGUCGCAAGAAAAAUGGAGAUCCCUGCACUUCCAUUGUAAAUCUCUCUGUUUGCGAUCAUUGUGUCUUCCACAUGAAGAGGGAAUUCACCAAUCUCUCAAGGCGCUCUGAAUUGCAAUCUGCGACUGCUGGGAGGGGACUAAAUGAGCUCCGGAACAAGGUUCUUGGGAAGAAUGAAGUUUUCUACGGAGGACAAUCUUUCACGGCAAUCCCUGCUAAGAAAAAUGCCAAACAGGUAGCCAAAGACAAUCAGAGACUUCUGUCUCUAUCUGAAUACUUUGGCAGAACAGCUUCCAGCAGCUCGGCUGGAAAUCCUGGCCAGGCACGCCAGGAAAAGGUCAGAAGAGCCGAAGCUGUUGCUGAAGUGAAUGUAGCUCAGAGACAGAAAGAUUUAGAGAGAUUGAGGAUCCUCAGGGCAGAAUCUUCAUGUGGAAGUGGUCCUGGUUCAGUGAGAAAUCCGGGAAGCGUGAAUCCUGGGCAGAAAACCUGCCGAGAAGGAGAAGUUGCUCAGAAAUUGAAGAAUCCUGACCAAGGGAAGCUUCUUAAGGCUGAAAUUUCCUCUUCCGGAAGUAGUUUAAAUCCCCAGCGACCUGUAUUAAGAAAUCCAUGUGCCAUUCCUGGCCAGAAGCUUCAGGAGAUCACCGGAAGAGCUUCAAAUCUUGGCGAAUUGACUUCAGCUCAGAAACCGAAGAAUCCUGACCAAGGGAAGCUUCCCAAGGCUGAAUCUUCCCCUUCCGGAAGUAGUUUAAAUCCCCUGCGACCUGUAUUAAGAAAUCCAUGUGCCAGUCCUGGCCAGAAGCUUCAAGAAAAGCCUGGAAGAGCAACAGCUCUCGGCGAAUUGAAUUCAGCUCAGAAGCUGAAGAAUCCUGACCAAGGGAAUCUUCUCAGGGCUGAAUCUCCCUCUUCCGGAAGUAGUUUAAACCCCCUGCGACCUGUAUUAACCAACCCAUGUGCCAGUCCUGGUCAGAAGCUUCAGAAAAAGCCUGGAAGACCUACAGCUCUCGGUGAAUUGAAUUCAGCUCAGAAACCGAAGAAUCCUGACCAAGGGAAGCUCCCAAAGGCUGAAUCUUCCACUUCCGGAAGUAGUUUAAAUCCCCUGCGACCUGUAUUAAGAAAUCCAUGUGCCAGUCCUGGCCAGAAGCUUCAAGAAAAGCCUGGAAGAGCAACAGCUCUCGGCGAAUUGAAUUCAGCUCAGAAGCUGAAGAAUCCUGACCAAGGGAAUCUUCUCAGGGCUGAAUCUCCCUCUUCCGGAAGUAGUUUAAAUCCCCAGCGACCUGUAUUAACCAACCCGUGUGACAAUCCUGGUCAGAAGAUUCAGGAAAAGCCUGGAAGAGCUGCAACUCUCGGUGAAUGGAAUUCAGCUCAGAAGCUGAAGAAUCCUGACCAAGGGAAGCUUCUUAGGGCUGAAUCUUCCAUUUCCGGAAAUACCUUGGCUUCCCAGCCGUCUACAUCAGGAAUCUCAAGUGUCAGUCCUGGUCCGAAGCUUCAGGAGAAAUCCGGAAAAGCAACAGUUCUUACAGAAAAGAACCUAGCGCAGAAACCGAAAAAUCUCGAUCGACUGAGCGUUUCCGGGGCAGAAUCUUCCUCUUCCGGAAGUAGUCCAACUCAAUCGACAUCUACUUCGUCUGGAAAUCCCCCAGAAACCUCUUCCGGAAAGCCCCAAAUGGCCAUAUUCUCUUCAAUGAUCCCCACCUUGAGCAGAUCAUCUUUUGUAGUAGAUGUCGAGAGCAAGGCCACAUUGAGAGCGCGUGCAAAGGCCGCAGAAAUAUUGAAGAAAACGCCCCUGCAAAAAUCCAAUCCAAAUUUCAUCAAAUACCGUGGAACGGAAAGCGGGAAGAAGAGGGUUUUAGAGGAGAUGAAUCAGGAACUUCCAAGUGCCAAGCGACACAAAAUUGAGGAGCAGGCUAAGAAGGAUAGAAUCCAGAAAAUCAUGGCUGCAACAACGUCCCAUAUGGACCUAGUGGAUCGCCGGGAAAUGCAGGAGACGCAGAAGUACCUCAAUACUCUGGAAAAGAAGGAAGCUCUUGAAGAGAAAAUGCUCUCAACUUACAAAGUUGCCUGCAAAGCCGUUGCGUGCAAGAAAUGCAAAUAUCUGGCAUUUUCUGCUGCUCCCAGGUGCCUAGAAGAGCGUCAUCCUCUAAAGGUGAUUGACACAGAGAAACGCUUCUUCAAAUGCGGUGACUGUGGCAAUAGAACAGCAACUGUCCACAGAAUCCCAAAGUUCAGCUGCAAAAACUGCUCAUCGUCGCGCUGGGAGCCAACUGGGAUGAUCCGGGAGCGCAUUGUUGAGUCCACAGGAGAUAAAUUAUCCAUCCGGGGAGAUGAGGAGAAAUACCUGGGGACAACUACAGCAGGAAACAUCAAUCUCCUCGUCCCUGACGAUCAGUAAAUUCCAAUAAAACAGGCAUGUUUCACAA